AUGGCUAUGGAUCGGAGGACGGUUACUUCCCUUUCAACUGCGCAGUUCUCGAGUUACGCGCCAUUCACCCAAUUUGCUCGGGCAGCUUAUUGCGAUGGAUUCCAAGAUUGGACUUGUGGGGCCGCAUGCGACGCAAAUGCUGAUUUCGAAGUAUCACUCGCUGGUGGUGAUGACAGCGAUAUUCAAAAUUAUUUUGUAGGCUUCUCACCAUCGUUGAGCAGUAUCAUUGUGGCACACGAAGGAACCGAUCCCUUGCAGCUUGAAUCCGAUUUGACCGAUGUGGAGGUUCUACUGGCCAGCCUAGAUACAUCCUUGUUCCCUGGUAUUUCAUCUAGUGUGCAGGUGCAUGACGGAUUCAAAAAUGAGCAUGCAAAGACAGCUAGUGUCAUCCUUGCUGAGGUGAGGACGUUGAUGGCUUCGAAGAAUACUAAGAAUGUUAUGGCUGUUGGGCAUUCCCUUGGAGGUGCUCUUGCUGAGAUCGAUGCCUUAUUUUUUGCCUUGAAUUUACCUUCUGGGAGCAACAUUUCGGCCGUAACAUAUGGUACCCCUCGUGUAGGUAAUCCUGCAUUUGCUAGCCUGAUUGACCAACAUGUGCCGAGUUUCAAGCACAUCAACAACGAGAAGGAUCUUAUUCCAAUUGUCCCAGGCAGGUUUCUAGGCUAUGCUCAUCCGGCGGGUGAGAUACAUAUCAUCUCACCUGGAAAUGUGGUGCUUUGCUCCGGUGAUGAUGAUGCAACUGACUCGCAAUGCAUAAUUGACACGGUCCCCAAUAUCUUUGAGGGAGAUAUUUUAAAUCAUCUGGGUCCAUAUGACGGGAUCUCCAUUGGAACUCUGGCUUGCUGA